AUGUCUCCUAGCGAAUUGUCGAGGCAGUUACACAAACCAAAAACACAUCGUGGUCGCAAAUCCCUCCAGGAACGAGAACCGCGUGUCUAUGAAAAUGACAAACAAACCUUGUUAAUCAGAGGAGCCCACACCAGUCAGAUUGUGCAUGAUUUCCUCACCGAUCUACUUCUUUUGAAGAAACCUUUGGUCGAUAAGCUUAAAUGGAAGAAUUCGGUUUUACCGUUCGAAGAUGCCUCGUUUAUAGAACGCAUGUGUGGAAAAUUCGACUCCUCCCUAUUUGUAUUUGGUUCACAUUCUAAGAAAAGGCCCAACAACAUAGUUAUCGGUCGCCUGCAUGAUCAUGAGAUCUUGGACAUGUACGAACUUGGAAUCGAGAACUAUAAGUCAAUACGGUCUUCGGAUGUAAAAUUUUCACUUGGCGCUAAACCUUUGCUGGUGUUCUCAGGGGAUGCUUUCGAAGAAACGGAAGAAUCUCAGCGCCUCAAAUCCUUACUUAUCGAUCUCUUCCGAGGUCCCAAUGUUUCUCGAGUCAACUCUUCAGGAAUCGAACAUGUUAUGCAUUUCAUCAUGCCUUCUGAGAAUAAGCUUCUUCUUCAAGUUAGUGGUGUCAAGUUGCGUCCUAUCUCCAAAGGCUCCGAGAAAGAUGGGUCCUCCCCCCUCACCGAGACCCUUAGAGCCCCCUGGGGACCGUACGUACAGGUCGAACUACAGAAUUCAGCUCCCGAAGUGGACUUCGUCCUACGUCGACGUCUAAUGCCUUCGGAAGUAAUUCAUUUGUGUCACUCGCUAAGGAUUUUCCUACCUGUUGUUUUCCGGUCUUUCUGA